AUAAAAAAAACCAAGACCACUGCUCUCCCAAUAAUAUUUACCUUCGUUGGCGACUUGUUACCUCUUUUUGAAAUUCUCUCUUAGUCGCCGAAUAUCGAUAAUCAUAAAUAUUAUUAACAGAAAAAGUUGAUAGCUCUUUUUGUUGAUCUAACCUAACGCCAUGCCACUUACUGGCAAGGAUAUUAGCAGCUCCAUAACCUUCCAGACCAUUAUCGCCAGGAAUCCAGACCAGAUAGAAUUUGUUUCACUUGAAAUUCAGACGUAUAGUUACCUAGACAGGUUGAUAUAUUUAUCCUGGAUCGGCGACUGUAUACACCUACACCAAAAUAUGAAGCUGUUUUUGAUACAUCUAUGAAAUAACGGUUAUCUGCUCCCAGUAUUUUUCUCUCCCGGAUGAUCUGAUCUUCUCUACUAGAAAAAAGGAAUGAGUAAGGCAGUUUGUAGUUGACAGUUGAAGACAUUCUACUAUACUCCGAUUUUCACCUGUUUUGUGCAACUGGCGAAGUACACUAUUCCGGAUGUUUUCAUCCAGCUUCUGUCCUCAGAAAGAUGAAAAGGAGGUAGAUUCAGAAGGUUUUCUUCGACCGCUGUUGGUACGGUGCUGUUAGCACCAAAGAUAGUUGGAAUGUGUCUAAUAUACACUGCUGAGCCGUUUACUGUAUAACUUUCGGCUACUAGUCAUUGGGACCAUACGUGAUCAUUGGUCUGACAAUCCUCACCUAUAUACCAUAGAUUUGUUUGGAGCCUGAACCCCAAUAUUUUUCACAAACCCUUCGACAUGUCCAAAGAAACAGUCUCGUUCUGUGCUAAAUCUUUGACAAGUGAGAAUUCCAGAUAAGUUUCCAAUAAAAAAUUGCACCAAGUCAUCUCUGCUGGAAUAACCUCUUUACUGAAGGAGCACUGUGAUUUGAAUCAUCAUAUUUAGACACCCAGACUGUCGUAAGACAGUGCCUGUUAUUUUUGUUUUGAUAUUGAUGAAAUAACAGAACCCAUAAUUUGUGCCUGCCUCGCAGCGGACUAAAUCUGAUUUUCAUCUGAUGAAGGUAGCUUAUACAGGAUCAACAACAAGUUUUCGAUACUGGCUCAGAAUUGAAUCGAGUUGAACGUUUCAUAAUAUUUUCCUAAUUACGAUGCUAUAGUCAAAUCUCGAAUACAGCUAUCAAUAAAAAAUGUAUAUGAUACAUAUAGUUUCUUCUUAUUGAACAAAGGCACUCAAUCAAUCUUCUAACCAUCUCCAAGAAUUUAAAUAUUUUUUAUAAUUUCGGUAUCCGACUCUACUAUUUCUUUACUAUUCAUAAAAACUUCACAUCUGGAAAAAAAUCUUCACACGCCGAUUAUUAUUCAAUGUUUCAAAAAAUAUGCUGUGUGAUAGUAUGUACCUCUACCAUUUUGUAGUAUUUGAAGCAAUUUCGAAAGAAUGGGUUUUCUAAUCAUUACUCAUCACUAAUUACUUCAACUAUUAUAUUCUCGUAUUGGUGCGAUAUGAUUCAUCAUUUAUGAAAAAUUAAAUCGUUUCCAAUAUGACAGGUAUAUAUUCUCGCAAAAUAUGUGCUGCAAAGAUUUUUACAGGAAAUUAAUUCUCAAGAGAUCAAACAUCUCUUCAUUACGUUAUUUACCGUAUUCAAUGAUUCAUUUUCCGGAGCCGAUUUCUUUGACUGUACUACAUGGACAUUCAUAGUUUACAUUACAAACUCUCCGUAUUGGGCAGAAAAACGAACUUUUCGAACACUUAUAUCGUGUUUGUACAAAAUAUCCUGUUUUCAGAGGUACGCAUAGAACCACAUAGUUUUAUCGACAAGUAGUUUCAUUCCAAUUUGGAAAUCUGCUUCUACCAUAACAAGUGAAAGGUUUCAAAUUCUCAUUGUAGGUACAAACCUUCGACAAAGGAUGAAACUGCAUUAAAUUUGAUGAAAUAUGAGUUUCUUCCUCGUUGUUGUCGACUCCCGCUUCAUUGGUUGUUCUAUUUUCAGAGACAAACCUUUCGGCAUGUACUGAUCGGGUGAAUCUUCUUUUGUCAGUACUACAUGGGCAUUCAUAGUUUACAUUACACAUCCUCAGUAUUGGGCAGAAAAACGAACUUAUCGGACACGUAUAACGUGUUUGUACAAAAUAUUCUGUUCUCAAAGGCACAAACUUUGGGCAAAGGACGAAACUGCAAUAAAUUUGACGGAACAUUCAUUUCUUCUUCAUUGUGGUCGACUCCCGCUUCAUUGGUUGUUCCAUUUCCAGAGACAAAUCUUUCAGCAUCUACUGAUCGGGUGAAUCUUCUUUUGCCAGUACAAAUGGGCAUUCAUAGUUUACAUUACACACCCUCAGUAUUGGGCAGAAAAACGAACCUUUCGGACAUGUAUAACGUGUUUGUACAAAAGAUUCUGUUCUCAGAGAUUUUGGUGAUACUUCUCCUCACAUCCGUUAUGGUACAAAAUCUUGGUGCUCAUGUACACAACCACUUGUGCAAAAGAGAUGCAUUGGAAGACGAUGAAGCCAGUAACCGUAAGAACAAAAUAAACAUCGUUGUCACAGUCAAAAACGCUCAACAUGAUAAUUGUCAAGAAACUACACAAACAACCACACCCACGUCAAAUACUACGUGCCAAGAAACAACCACAGAGUCGUUCACUUGUGUCAAACCAGGCUCGUACCCCAACCCUGACAACUGUACCGAUUUUUUCAUUUGUCACAAAAAUGGAGCUAUUCCUGGUUUAGAGAGAGUGAAGAUGAGUUGUCCCAGUGGUCAGGCAUUCGACUACAAGGAACAUAAAUGUACUCCCGGAGCUGCUAUUUCUUGUCUGUCACAAAAGAGCCUCAGUUUAUCAUGAUUAUAGUCUUCUGAGUAAUAUAUGUUUCAUUCUUA